CGGAAGUGGAACUCGAAAUUGGCAGCGGCGCCGUGAAUCGCGGAGAGGAAACAGCCAGGAGAGGUGGCGCGUGUCCCGGUAACGGCGCCUCGCCCCGCCCGGCCUUUGCGGGACAAGGGGCACCAGCAACUUGUUGGGGACAAACCCAGUGAUGAGCUGCCGAAAUCUUAACAACCAGUUCCCUACCGGGUCUUUGGCGGCGGGUCCUUCAAUGCGGCCCAAGACCCGGAGAGAGUGAAGGACGUGCCGCCGAAGACUCGGAGCGCCACCCGCUCAUCCUGUGAAGAUUGAUGUCCUUUUCCUUCAUCACUUUAAUUUUGUUGACAAUUUGGAUAAACAUGGCACAGCUCCAGCAAGGAGGCCCAGAUGAAAAAGAAAAAACUACUGCACUAAAAGAUUUAUUGUCUAGAAUAGACUUGGAUGAACUGAUGAAAAAAGAUGAGCCACCACUUGAGUUUCCCGAUACACUUGAAGGAUUUGAGUAUGCCUUUAAUGAAAAGGGGCAAUUAAGGCAUAUAAAAACUGGGGAGCCAUUUGUUUUUAACUACCGUGAAGAUUUGCAUAGAUGGAACCAAAAGCGCUACGAAGCUCUUGGAGAGAUCAUUACUAAAUAUGUCUAUGAACUACUGGAAAAGGAAUGCCACUUGAAAAAAGUAACUCUCCCAGUAGAUGCUACUGAGAGUGAGCCAAAGAGUUUUAUCUUUAUGAGUGAGGAUGCAUUGACAAAUCCAGAUAAACUGAUGGUUUUAAUUCAUGGUAGUGGUGUUGUCAGGGCAGGUCAGUGGGCUAGAAGACUUAUUAUAAAUGAAGAUCUGGACAGUGGCACACAGAUUCCCUAUAUUAAGAGAGCUGUUGAGGAAGGCUAUGGAGUAAUAGUACUGAAUCCCAAUGAGAACUAUAUUGAAGUGGAAAAGACAAAAGCCCAAGUACAGCUGUCCUCUGAUAGCUCAGAUGAACCUGCAGAAAAGAGAGAAAGAAAAGAUAAAAUCCAAAAAGAAACAAAGAAGCGACGUGACUUCUACGAAAAGUAUCGGAACCCGCAAAAAGAAAAAGAAACUGUGCAGUUGUAUAUUAGAGAUAAUGGCUCUCCUGAAGAACAUGCAAUUUAUGUGUGGGACCACUUUAUUGCUGAGUCAGCAGCUGAAAACAUAUUUUUUGUCGCUCACAGUUACGGUGGACUUGCAUUCGUAGAGUUGAUGAUUCAACGAGAGGCAGAUGUAAAGAAUAAGGUAACUGCUGUGGCGUUGACAGACUCUGUUCACAAUGUGUGGCAUCAAGAAGCUGGCAAAACUAUUCGAGAAUGGAUGCGAGAGAACUGUUGUAACUGGGUGUCUAGUUCAGAACCACUAGAUACAUCAGUAGAGUCCAUGUUGCCAGACUGCCCACGUGUUUCUGCAGGGACCGAACGUCAUGAGCUAACUUCCUGGAAGAGUUUUCCGUCUAUUUUCAAAUUCUUCAGUGAAGCAUCCGAGGCAAAGAACAGUUCAGUCAAACUAGCCCCAACACGACGCUCCAACAGAAUCAAAUACGAAGAGCUUUAAGAGGAGAAAAACAUCUCUUUGCUGCUUGUUUCCUGCAAGCAGACUCCCAGCCCCUCAUUAGAUUGUUUUCUUCCUAGAGCACAGGGUCGUGAUGUAUACAUCUAAAUAGCGUUUUGCAUUAUUUCUAGAUGAGUGCAACUGUCAAAGCAAUAUGGGUUCACUGGUUGUGCUUCCUGUGGGCUGUAGCUUGGAUUUCGUGCUGCCCAUCAGUGCGCAGAUUAAGGCUGACAGCAGUACUGCACAGUGCAGCAUGGUGCAGCUCUAAUUGCCCUGACAUAGCCCUGCACCGAGCUGAUGCCAGAGUUUAACAGCUUCUUCGUGGUCCUAUCGCCUACAGGAUUUUUGCUGCUUCCUUCCAGGGUUCACUUUUCUUGCUUGCUUGCUUGCUUUCUCUGACAGGAGCAAACUUUAGGUUUUAUGCAUUUUUAACCGAAUUGCUUUUAAAUAAUUUAUCCAGGUAGAUUUCUCUCCCCUCUUCCUCCUCCCUACUCUUCUUCAGCCUUUAAAAUACUCAGAUAUCUUUCUAACAAUGGAAUAUUUUUGUUUGUGCUUUUUAGGGGGGUUAUUUAAGCCAUAAUGACUCAAUUUAAAUUUAAAAAAUAGCACAAGGACGAUGGUGUAGUAUUUGGAUUUAUAGAUAUGAAUUGUUCCCUGUAGCUCUAACCAUAUCUUUUUUUUCUUUUGAGACCAGAGGAGAGACUGUGCAUAAAAUAGCUCCUAAGAAAUAAUAAAUUAAUGAAUAGGUAUUUCUAUGGAGGACCGUCUCUGAAUUUAAAAUAAGGUUUCUAAUAAAUCUGUACAUUACAGAAGGAAAGGACUAAAUUUAAACCAAAAUGAACCGAUGCUAUUUAUGCUGAAAUCUUUUGCUUCGUGAUUUUAGGAUUCCCAUUUUUACAGAGUUUGUAUCUCUGAAUAAUUUUAAAUCACGAGCUGUAAUACAUGUUUUAGUGAAAAUUGUAACAUAGAUUAAAUACCUGUAUUUAAAAUUUACUUUUAGAACUUGGUUGAUACGUUUAUUUUUUAUUCUAAUAGAAUGUCUAUUUUGAGACAAAGCAAAAUAUAAAUUACUCUUUUUAAAGAGGGACAUAAUUUUGAAUAGUAAAAAAAAAAUUUACAAUCAAUAGUCUUUUCUUCUCUGGGACCAAAUGGGAUCAACUCUUCAUACUUUCCAUGUUCUGCAGAUAAGGGGUCCAAGAACUUUGGUCCAAAUUUGUGGGAAAGUCUCUUUGUAUAAAGAUUUUUUCCUUCUUUGGCAUUAUUUGUAGAACUCCAUUUGCUUUUGAAAGUUCUACCUUAAAAUGCCAAUUGCUUUGUACUUUACCAAUUCAGCAACCGUCUGGACCACACUGUGAAUUAUGAUAGCAUAAAUAAAUAAAAAGUCAUGAAUUACUGAUUUUGCUGAUUUUUUUUAAUUCAAAUAUGCUUACAUUUUCAUAUUCGGAAUUUUUAAUAACUGUAAUGCCUCAUCAUCCUGUAAUUAGUUUUUGAUUCAACACAGGCCUAGAUUCCCUAUUUCUUUCAAAGUGUUUGCAAAAAUAAUGUUCCUGCCUUACACACCUGGUAAAAUACACAGCCAGUUUCACCGAAUUUAAACGCUCAGAAAAUCAUUGAAAUUGCAGACCUCGGAGGGAAGUGUUUUUAGUAAUAGUAGCUGAUGUCAGCAACUUUUAACGGCUAAUGUCUGAUAAGCAACAAUAUGUGCCUGAUACCGUGUCUGGCAUGCAAGUGCACUAAUUACGUCUUAUAGUUUGAUGAAGCUAAAUUAAAGUGAUCUUUUCUUCAGUGGUCAUGUCUGCAUCGCCUCUGAUGUUAUUAGAGCAGAGGCAAAGGACAAAAAUCAAAACGGUAUUUCAUCCAACUGCUGUGUUACUUCAAACCAGUCAAAUCGUCGGCAGCCACCACAUGGGUUUGUGAUAUUGACCCCUUUUUAAUGUAAUUUUUCCCAUUUCGGAGUUGAAUGGAGGAAUUCAGUACGGAAGGGGUGAGGGUAGGGGGCUAUUGUUGUUAAUACGAUGUUUUAAAGUGUUUAAUGUGGAUUUCAAUGUAUUUUGUCUAGAGUAAACGUACCAGUAACCGAAUCAUGUCACUUCAGUGUAAGGAGAGAUUCUUCCGGAUCUUUCCAUUUUAUUUGCUAACUUCUUUUCUUUGGUUUCAUAAAGUGUGUGCAGUGCUCAGUGUUGGAGGGUCACAGUUAGCCAGCUGUAAUACUCCAUGUAUAUACACCAGGCAUUUAGCUAACCUGGGGUGUUUUUCAGUUCGCACAUUACUUCUUUCAGCAACCUCCGCUUGUAACAAGAGAAAAUCACUGUAAAAUUGCCUGCUAUAAUCCGCAGUCUUCUCUCCAUUAUAGCUUCACUCCCUUUUGUAAAUGGCCCUUACACAUGGAGGUCAUUGUGUUUCCUGAGUUAGACUUUCGCAAGCAAGACACGAGGGGUUUUGCAAGCUGUGGAGCUUCCCAAACGGAGGCAAAGCAAAAUCCACGUCUGCCACUGAGCAGCUUCCAGUGUAAUCAUAUUUCUCAACUUAACCUGUUGAUGAUGGGUUUGCUGUAUAGACGUAAUAAUAUGGUUCACCUCAUUUCUCCCCAAGUAACUUCAUGCUGUCGGUGCUGGCCACCUACUGGGGCUGGCCUGUCACCCAUUUACGCCGUUUGUACUCCUCCCGGGUUUGUUUCCACUCUGAACAGUGUAUCAUGUGAAUACGGUUUUAACUCGUUGAUUUGCAUUUCAUAUGUGUAUUUUUGUGCUUAAAUGAAGAGACGGGGUGGGGGGGGGGGUUGAAAAAAGCUCUCAAACAAAUCCUGCAACCGUCAAACUCUUACCACUGGGAAUGCAUGAGGGGAUUUUCCAAGGUGCCAAAUAUCACAGAAUUAAUCUAUUUUUUUUAUUUUAAUGGAAAUUAAGUGCAAAAAAAAUCUGCUGUAAUAAAUACCCUUUUAAAAGUGUCUUUCUCGUGCCCUAAUUGACUUGCGUUUUUGCCUAUGUAAAGAACUGCAGGGAGUUCUUAUGAAUUGUAUAUUUCUGUUUACACUUUAAAAAUAAUAAUAAAAAUCUUUUCUCUUCUAA